GCACCUGUUGAACCUGGUUGGGAAGGAAAGCGAGAGCUGGAGCGCAGCGAGACUGAAGGCACACGAGACGGCAGCUGGACUGAGAGCUCGACCUCUCUCUCUCUCUCUCUAUCUCUGAACUAUGGGAACCUGCGCUGCGCUCAACUGACUCAUGGAUCCUCAGGAGGACUCCUUCGACUUCCUCUUCAAGAUCAUCCUCAUCGGAGACUCCAACGUGGGCAAGACCUGCCUGGUUCAGAGCUUCAAGACGGGCCAGUUCUCCGAGAGGCAGCAGAACACCAUCGGGGUCGACUUCACCGUCCGCACGCUCAACAUCGAGGGCAGGAGAGUAAAGAUGCAGGUGUGGGACACGGCCGGGCAGGAGCGCUUCCGCACCAUCACGCAGAGCUACUACCGCAGCGCACACGGGGCCAUGAUCGCCUACGACAUCAGCCGCAGGGCCACCUUCGACUCGGUGCAGCGCUGGAUUCACGAGCUGCAGCAGUACGGAGCCGCCAACGUGCUCACGGCGCUGAUAGGUAACAAGCGUGACCUGGAGGCCGAGCGCGAGGUCCGCUUCGAGGAGGCCUGUAAGCUAGCGGAGGCUAAGGGCAUGCUAGCAGCGGUGGAAACUUCGGCCAGAGACGCGUGGAGCGUGGAGGAGGCCUUCGUCAUGAUGGCGCGUCAGCUGCUGCUCCAGAACGGCAUGAGCGUGAAGCAGGACGACAGCGAGGCGGCCGCACGCGUCCUGCUGCGGACUAACUCACACACCGUCAGUCUGUCGUCGCCAUCAUCCGCGCACGACUCGAAGAAGCCCUGCGAGUGCUGAUCCACACACACACGACCCUUCACUGCAGUGACACUGGAUCUGCAGCUCUGAGCGAAUCAACAGGCUUCAGGUCACCGCACUGAAGAUCACAUGACAUCUGAACUCUUCAUUGAGCAUCUGAGUGUGGAGCUGCUGGAGUUUCACAACUUCAAACCUGUCUAACAGACUUUAUAAAAGCAACUUGAGCCAAAUCUGACAGGUUUUUCUAGAAGCAGGUCUAGGUUUUCAGCUUUGAGCAUGUGACGCAUCAGCUUAUGUGAAUAUAUUGUGACUACUGUGCAUUUUCAGAUGUUAAAUUAUGUUCUUUCUCAGUGUUUCUGUCCUGUUUUCAUGUAUGAAUAUCUAAACGCUCUGCACUCUAAUCAAAAUUAAGUGAGCUUGUGUUUAAUUCAAAAGAAAAAAAGCUGAUUUUUCCAACCUCACUGACAGACUUGAUCUCCAGUAAUCGUGUCUUGAUUUGACAAUGUUUAGAUAUUUGAGCUGGAAAACAAGAACAGAAUAUGUUUUUUUUUUUGAAGGAAUGUCUUUAGUUACAGUGGACGUUCAUGUUGAACACAGAUGUUCAUUAACUGACAGCAGAAUGACACAGAUGUUGUCAUGAAGGCCACAUGUGACUGAAAUAAAAACUCACUGAACGUG